AUGGGGGCUAGUCUUAGUUAUAGUCAAAAUUUAAGCACUUCGGCAGCCACUUUUGCAAAAAUUGAAGAUUUAAGAGAAAAGUUAGAUAGAAAAAAAGACGAAUUUCAGCAAAAGGCUCAGGAAUUAAAAAGUAAUUACGACCGAUUAAUUGAAAUUUGGAAGAAUGAAAUUCCUUUAACUUCAACUCCAACUAGUUCUGAUGAAGUAAAUAAUAAAUUUGAUAGAUUUUUAUCAACUAUGGUUGAUUUAGAAAAAAAAGUAAUUUUGGUCCAAAAGGGUAAUGUUAACCAGUUAGCAAGCAGUUGA